UAUAGUUAGGAGGGGAUGAUACGGGUUAAGAGAAGAAUCAGACGUGGCAUUGUAGGGAGCUUCUCCCAAAUAUCAAAAGCCCAUAGGACUCUCGUCUUAGACUUCCCUAAAUUUUUACCCUCCAAUAAUUACAAAAACGCCACUCCUCUCUCUCUCUCCCGCCGGAGCUCCUCGGAAUCUGAGAUGGACGCAGUGUCUUCGGCGAAGUCCAUACUGGAGAAGCCUCUGAAGCUCCUCACGGAAGAUGACAUUUCUCAGCUCACCCGCGAGGACUGCCGCAAGUUCCUCAAGGACAAAGGAAUGCGGAGGCCUUCGUGGAACAAAUCUCAGGCGAUCCAGCAAGUUUUAUCCCUCAAAGCUCUCUUUGAGCCCGGCGACGACUCCGGCGCCGGCAUCCUCCGCAAGAUCCUCGUUUCUCCCAAUCCCACUCGCGUCACAGCAACGUCUGCUGAGCCAGCCAGCGAGGUCGGAGCACGGAUUCCUUUGCAGGAAGAUGACAGAAGGGAUUCUCCAAGAUCGGCUGAGUUCUCCGGCUCCGAGAAAGACAGCUACAACACUCUCUCUCCCAGAAGCCCGGCAGAAACAAGUGCGCUGGUUGGGCAAAUGACGAUAUUCUAUAGUGGGAAAGUGAGUGUGUAUAAUGGUGUACCACCUGAAAAGGCGCGGUCUAUCAUGCACUUUGCAGCCAACCCGAUUGAUUUGCCUGAAUAUGGUGUUUCUGCUUCUGCUAGGAUGACAUCCAGGCCCAUGAGCAGUAAAGAGAAGAUGGUUGAACCUUCCCACUAUGGCCUUGAAAAGGCAAAUGCUUCUCGUGAUUCUGAUGCGGAGGGCCAGGCUAACAGAAAAGUGUCGUUGCAAAGAUAUCUUGACAAGCGGAAGGAUAGGAGAUUGUUUAAGAACAAAAAGGCACCAGGAGUUGCAUCAUCUAGCUUGGAGAUGUAUCUGAAUCGUAGUCAGCCAGUGACGAACGCAUAUUCACAAAGCCUUAGCGGUGGUGGCACAGGAGGAGAACAGCACGAGUCACCUGAAAAUCAGAGGAGAAGUCCCAAUCUAUCAGUUGAUCUGAACAGUGAUUUAAAUAGCGAAGAUAACUAACAAGAUGACCAAAAACUGGGGAUGGUAUUAGGGGUCAAAAGGCUCAUCAAUACACGAAAAACAGUUCAAAAGCAGACAAGGAAUGUUCCCUAGUUCAGAAACAUGGCACAAGAAGGUUGAGCUGGAGGAGUCUUAGUUGAUCAAUUUCUGUUUUUUUUUUUUUGUCUUGUUUUUGUAUUAAUCUUUUAUUAGGUAUGUAGUGCUGAGUUAGGUUAGUGACGGAAAUGUUCUUUGGUUCAUCAGUUGGAGAGAGUAUGAGAACGGCGGGGAUUUUUCCAGGUUCAAAUUAUGUAAAUGAUGUCUUUUUAUGACACUUCAAACAAAUGAGAGAGAGAGAGAGAGACCUUUUGUUGAUUCUCUAACUUUUGAGUUUCCAUCGCUACUCUCUGUCCUCCGCUACACUGAAACGCUAGAGGCAAAUCCAACGCUUCUAGAACAUUUUGAAUAAAUCUCAGUGAACAAUAAGCCUUUGGUAAGUCGCAUUUCAAACAUCCUUUUGAUGUCUUCGCAGUAAAACUGGAAAAAUCCAAACAAAUAUUACACCCAAAGUAUAAAUAAAAUAAAAUAAAUGAAUCUUUUCAACAAUCAACACUUCGUUCAGGUGAAUGUGAACACAGAAAUGGGCCAAAAAAGAAUCUUAGUACUAAUGGGCCUUUACAGCCCAUUAAGAUAAAAACCUCCAAAACGAGGUCACCUGAGUUCUCUCUCUCUCUUUUGCUCGCAUCGCAUCGUUAAUUCUCGGAAGCUCUCUCUUGUCGAUUCUCGUUUCUUUCCCCACCUUCGGAACUCUAAAGCAAAGGGGCUGAAACAUGUUUCUCAAAGUCGAGUUGCCAUGGAACGUGAUGAUCCCAGCGGAAAACAUGGAUGCAAAAGGUCUCAUGCUGAAGAGGACCAUUCUGAUUCAGUUGCUAGAGGCCUUUGCUUCGAAGAGAGCAACCAAGGAGCUCGGCUACUAUUUAACAGUCACGUCUCUGGACAAGAUCGGAGAAGGCAAAAUCAGGGAGCACACCGGUGAGGUCAUGUUCCCUGUCGUUUUCAGCGGGAUGACUUUCAAGAUCUUCAAAGGAGAGAUACUUGAGGGUGUGGUGCACAAGGUGCUGAGGCACGGUGUCUUCAUGAGGUGUGGUCCUGUCGAGAACGUCUACCUCUCUCACGUCAAGAUGCCUGAUUACAAGUACCUCCCGGGAGAGAACCCCAUCUUCAUGAACGAGAAGAUGUCUAGGAUUCAGGUUGACACUUUGGUUAGGUUUGUGGUGAUUGGGACCAAGUGGAUGGAGGUAGAGAAGGAGUUUCAGGCGUUGGCUAGCCUUGAAGGGGACUAUCUUGGACCCAUCUCUGAAGAGUGAAUCUGUCUGGUCUCUUCAUGUGAUGGUGGUUUUGUGCAAUCUCUUAUGUUCGGUAAGUACUCUUUUAAGUUGCGCAGACAAUUAAUGACCUAGAAUUUCGAAUGUUGAUAUUCUCCACCUUUAGGAGAGGAAUGUUUGGACUAAUUUAGGUAUUUGAUGUUGGCUACAAUCCAUUUCUUGAGUUACUAAUCGAUUGGCGUCACUAGUAAAUUCCAACAUUAGUACCAGUUUAUCAAGUAUUCUCUUGUAUGUGACACUGAAAAUGAUCAACUAAAAGCCUUUUAGUAAUA